AAGUUAAAACCAAAGUGUCAGCACUUCAACAACCUUUUUUUUGGCUUAACAAAACAUCAAACAGCAUACAAAUGGCUGAAAUCCACAAUGGAGAGGAACUCUGUGACUUUAUGGAAAAUGGAGAAAUCUUUAGUGAACACUCAUGCCUUAAUACACACGUGGAAACUGAAAAUACAGGGGACACUUAUGACUGUGACGAGUAUGGAGAAAACUUUCCCAUGUUCCACAACAGUGCCCCUACUGGAGAGACACUUUCUGUGUUGAAUCAGUGUAGAAAAGCCUUUAGCCUGCCACCAGAUGUUCACGAGAGAACAUGGAUAGGAGACAAAUCCUUUGAAUACAGUGACUGUGAGGAAGCCUUUGUUGAUCAGUCACAUCUUCAGCCAAAUAGGAUAACUCACAGUGGAGAGAAUCUCUAUGAGCAGAAGCAAUGUGGGAGAGCUUUUACUUACUCCACAAGCCAUGCUGUGUCUGUUCAAAUGCGUACUGUAGAAAAACCCUACGAAUGUAAGGAAUGUGGAAAAUUCUUUAAGUAUUCUUCAUAUCUUAAUAGUCACAUGCGAACCCAUACUGGGGAGAAACCCUAUGAAUGUAAAGAAUGUGGGAAAUGCUUCACUGUUUCUUCACACCUAGUUGAACACGUAAGAAUUCAUACUGGAGAAAAACCCUAUCAAUGUAAGGAAUGUGGAAGAGCCUUCGCUGGGCGCUCAGGCCUUACUAAACAUGUACGAAUACACACUGGAGAGAAGCCCUAUGAAUGUAAUGAAUGUGGGAAAGCCUACAAUAGGUUUUAUCUACUAACUGAACAUUUUAAAACUCACACAGAGGAGAAGCCCUUUGAAUGUAAGGUAUGUGGAAAGUCCUUUAGAAGCUCUUCAUGCCUUAAGAAUCACUUUAGAAUUCACACUGGAAUAAAACCCUAUAAAUGUAAGGACUGUGGGAAAGCAUUCACUGUUUCCUCAAGCUUACAUAAUCAUGUAAAAAUCCAUACCGGAGAGAAGCCCUUUGAAUGUAAGGACUGUGGGAAAGCCUUUGCUACAUCUUCGCAACUCAUCGAACAUAUAAGAACUCACACUGGAGAGAAACCAUAUAUAUGUAAGGAAUGUGGGAAAACCUUUCGUGCUUCUUCACACCUACAGAAACACGUUAGAAUUCACACUGGAGAGAAACCCUAUAUAUGUAAUGAAUGUGGGAAAGCCUACAAUAGGUUUUAUUUACUUACUAAACAUUUAAAAACACACUGAAGAAGAAAACUCUGAAUGUAAGGAAUGUGGAAAUCUUAGGAAUUUCUUAUACCAUAAUUACCACAUUUAAAUUCACACUGUUGAGAAAUCUUAUUGGUGCAAAGAAUGUGCGGAGGCCUUCAGUUAUUCCCAUUCACUCUGAAGAAAUGAAAAAAUUCACACUCUGUAUCCCCCAUAAAUUUUAGAAAUGUUAGG